AUGGAAAUUAAAGAACAACAAGAAUUUUUUAAUACUAUUUCUAAUGGAAGAACCAUUGUAUUUUAUCACUCAUCAUCAUGUCCAUCAUGUAGGUCAAUUGAACCAUAUUUUGAUGAACAAGUAAAGUUAUGUCCAAAUGAACAACUUCAAUUUUUAAAAGUAAAUAUUACUGAUUUUCCUGAAAUUGCUCAAGAAAAUAAUAUUAGAAGUGUUCCAACAUUUGUAAGUUAUGUAAAUGGAGUUUCAACCAAAAGAUUUACAGGAGCAUAUAGAGAUGAAGUUGAGAGAAUGAUUACAAAAAAUAUAAAAAUGUUAAAUGAAUAA